CGUCCUAUCGGGAGGUUCAAAGAUAAACCAAAAUUCCUUUGUUGUUCCUUGUGAAAGAAGGCAUGUAAGAGAGAUGGCCUGCGGUUGCUUGCAUUGCAAGUCUUUAGGUUUAGUUUUUUUUUUUUUGAACUGUCUUUAGGUUUAGUUAAGAACUUUGAUUUAACUCCAAUAAAAUUCACAUUCUCGAAAAUGAAGCUUGGACAUGUACUUUCCAAAACUGAUUCCCAACUUCUGAAUUAGAAAUAUGUUUUUUUUACUAUACAUGAUUUUAUAAUAAUAACUCAAAUAAUUUAACACAACAUUUUAAUAAGAAAGUAUAUAUAUAACUUAAAAGAAUAUUCUAAUAAAAUCAAUGUUGAAUAUAAAUUUGGCUUUAUUUUGUUCAACUAAAUAUGAUUAGAUAUAACAAAAUUUAAAAUCUCAUAUCCAUUUUUUUUUCAUGGGGGACAAAUUAUUAAAUUCAGUUAAUACAAAUCUAAUCCAGAAUUCAAAAUUGUAAAAUCUGUCUCUCUCUAGUAUCGAAACAAAUAAGAUUCCAUUGGUAUAUAACUCUAUUUUAAGUACAAAUAUUAUUAAAAAAUAUAUAUUCUUCAAGUAACUCUAUUCUUAGAAAAGAGAAAACAAACUCAAAAAUGAAUCAUAAAUGAUAACUGUUCCGAAGGAUCCGGAUUUUUUUUACAUUUUCUUUUUAAAACUUAAUAGCACGUAGUAUCUUUUGUUUGCUUGGUCUUCUCCCCACUCAGCAAAAUCCGCUUAUAUAUAUAAUCCACUCCUUCUCCUUCUACCUUUCUCAUCUACCUAAAAACAUCAACACAAACACGUACAUCUCAUUAAAAAUCCUCACUCUGUUUUUCUUUUUUUAAUUCCCAGUCUACUUUUUGAUUUUCCCCAUCGAAUGAGCCAAAUAAAAACCAUCCACAAUCCCAUUGGGUCAUUAGAGAGAUUUUUGGAUCUUCUCUUGAUCUCUCUCAUCGUUUACAUGACAUUGAAAGGAGGCACUAGUGGUGCUUGUGCUGCGUGCAAGUACCAACGCAGACGCUGCGCCGCGGACUGCCCACUCGCGCCGUACUUCCCGGCCGAACAACCAAAGCUCUUCCAAAACGUUCAUAGGCUAUUCGGCGUUAGAAGCAUUGUUAAAAUACUGGAGAACCUAGACGAGCUUCAGAGACCGGAAGCUAUGAAAUCAAUUAUAUUUCAGUCUUAUGUUCGUGAUCGUAAUCCUGUCCAUGGUUGCCUUGGAAUCACACAACAACUCCAAUACAUGAUAUGGGUAGCCGAAGAAGAGCUCAAAGCCGUCAAUUCCCAAUUACAGCUCUAUCGUAAUGGUCAAAAUCAUCCUAACCCUCAUAAUAUGAUGAUUCACGAGCUUGGUGAAAAGCAAGAUCUCACAUCGCAGUUAGAUUUGGGAAUGGGACUUCCUGUUAACGAUAAUAACCAAGGCAAUAAUACAAUACCAUUUUUCAGUCCGGUUUCUGAAACUCAGCAGCAACCACCUCAUAUGUCUUAUUGUAGUGAUCAGGUUAAUAACCAUGACUACAAUCCCACUCCAGAUUCAUGUAAGGAAGUUGUCAACAAUCAUAAUACUUCUUUGGCUUGGGGUCAGAAUCAAUUUCCUUAUAAUCAUCAUAACUAUGGAUUCAUCAAUCAAAACGAGCAUUGUAGCGAGCCGAAGAAUAACAACAGUGUGAUGGCUAUACAGUCUCAACUUGUUAAUCUUCAGAUGGCAUCGAAUCAACAAGAGGAAGAAGUUGAUGAUCAGAACUACGAUGAAAUCCAUCAAUUCCUAGAAAUCAUCGAUGAGAGUCAAUCUUUCACGGAAACAAAAGAAGUGUACGCUUCAAGCUCUGGUGAAUCUUUGAAGGAACCUAUAGAUGAAGUAGGGGAGAAGGAGUUGAGGAGGGCGGCAACUUGCUUUAGUCUCACGAGUGUGAAUUGAUUGAUCAUGGAGACUAAAUCCUUUAAUUCAAAAUUUUUCUUGUCUUUAUGUUUGUUUUUUGUUAAGCAACGUGUUGUUAAGCGUUGAAUCUUUCUCUUUUUUUUUAAAUAAGUUUUGAAUCUCUAUUUAUCAUUGCUUCUUAUGUCUUUUUUUAUUUUCAUUAUUUAUAUUUGUU